GUCCCCGAAACCCCCAAAUUAGAGGAGUUCACUUUUCCCACCCUAAAACUUUCAAAAUGAGUUUACAGGAAAAUAGAUCAUACAGGUUUACAGUUUAAAUGUUAAGAAUCGCAGGCUGUCUCCUUGUGUCCAUUUUGCAUCUACCAUGUUAAAGGAAGCUUCAUUUGAUAAUAUUGAGGGGAAUAUGCAACUAAAUUUGGGGUGUUCUGGAAAACCGUAGAACUUGAACGUUAAAUAAUACAAUGUACAGCGAUGUAUCAUUGACCUGAUAGAAUGUGAAAACAUAUUCAGGCAACAACUUGGAGGUGGAGCUACAUUUCCUACAAGAGAAAGGAAACAAAAACAAACCUAUGCUGUCACUGUGACGGUCAAGAAGCGAACGCAAGCCGCAGGGAGUGAGAUCGAGCUCGUGAAGCAAAACAGCUUGCAAGCAAAGGGAGAAGGCUAUAAUAUGCGACAACAAAGCCAUUGAUGGACUGUUUCCGUGAACCAUCGGAAAGGGUACAACGGGUCACCCGAAAGCUUGCGGUUAUCGACUAGGGGCGAGGUCUUGAAACUUAGCUUGAUGAAGUGGUCCGAAGACAUACCGAGUAAUAAGUGGAGGAGAUGCUUAUUCUUGAAAUAGAAUGAAGUACAAAAAGGAGCAGUCCUUGGAACUCCCACCUACUCCACAGCCCAGCUCUUUUCACAACUCUGUGUGAAACCAGGAAUGCUUGGAAAGAGCCAGGCUCAUAAUUACCCAUAACCCACCUCUACCAUUAACACCUGCAUCUCUGGUGUGAGUCCUUUGGACACCGGAUAGAAGAACGGGGAAGGUCUAGCCAGACCCUAAAUUGGCCUAGACAUGUCUUGCAUGUCAAAGUUAUUGCCAGUGGUCACUGAUCCUGCUUUCUGGCUCUAGGUAGUCCACAUACCCCUGCAGCUGAAAUAUAUGCAGGUCUUGGGCUUGCUGCAUUGUGCUUGUAGCCUCACCUUCAAUAAUGAGAACCGUGAACAAGCCAGAUUUGGCAUCACUUCCAGCAGCUAUAGAGCUUUGACACUGGGAUAUAAAACAACUAGAAAAAUACAGUCCUGAACCCUACUCCUGUUCCAUCCCAGAUCCACAUUUGUGAGAUGAGAACAAUGCGCAUACUCACUCUUCCCACCCUAUAUCAGGGGAGAAAACCCUACAGCAUCAACAUAAAUGUCUUCUGACUGUCCUCCAGAGAUUUCCUUUUUUCAGCCCGACUCAAAAUUGAUGUGCUAUCAGUAUUGCAUUAUUGAAUAAAAAUGCCCUAAAAAAUUCAGCUUUUUCAAUCUGGUGGUUUUUUUAUGUUGGAGGAAAUGCACAGAGUUGUGCAGGGCUUUGCAUUCCAAGCCUCUUAAUUAAAAAUUAAAACAGAAGGGGUGCACCUCCUCUGCAGUGUGAAGGGGGAGCAAUGCACCUGAACUAAAGUGAUUAGGGAACCCCCCUUAACCUCCUUCCAUUUAUCCGUUCACCUGUUCCCUGUGAAUUGGCCGUCCCCUACCUGCUCAAGUCCGUUCAUCUCAGAAGGUCACUUACCGUGUAAUUUCCCAGUAUUUUCGACAUUUGAGCCUCUACUCCAGUACCCUGGCUCUCUCAUAUAAGCAGGUCCCGCCAUUCGCGCCAGCCCCAAAAAGUCCAGGAAGUAGUCCAGCAGUUAGCCUCAAUCAGAGUGGCGGCGUACGCUUCGCUGUGUGUGGUGACCUUUAGAUGUGGCCCCGCUCUCUGCCGCUGUGCCGCCAGUCGGCUCCCGAGGGGAUCGCUGGCCUGUCGGCUGGGACGCUGGGAACAUGGCAAUAAAUGUCAUCGCUCCCGCCAUUGAAUCUUAUGGGUCAACACUGGGAUUUUCCCGACUUUGUGGAAGGUGUGCUCUGGAUUUCGAUGCGCUGUUUUCAUUUUUUAUUUUUUUUAACUGAGUUUCUUUUAAAGAAGGUGACUUUGGAUAUUGCUGUGAACUCUCUUUUCGGUCAGAUUUAUUUAUUUAUUUGUGUGUGUGUGUGUGUGUGAACAUUCAUUUAAGGACUUUGAACUGAGAUAAGUGUGUGACUCGAUUGCUGAAUCUAAAUGCUGACAAACCAGUUCCUGCCCUCGAUUUUUGUAUGCACUAGAUGACGUGAAGUGUUUUUUCCUUUUUUUUUCUUCACCAUCAGCUCCAUCUCCUUCUUUGGUAUUGUCGAGCUUUUCUGGAGUUAUUACAUAAAUUCUUUCUCAAAGUGGUAGUGAGAUUGGGAUCUGCAGGAAGUUAUUUUGACCUCCUUUAAUUUUUCGUUUCUCUUCCCCUGGUUAAAAAUCACAGCCUGGCGUGAAUGUAUGUGCUGUCGAGCUGCUUGAAAAAGGGGCUGUAGCUCUACCCUUCUACAACAGAAAGGAUCGGAUGAAUAAAACAUUGUGAGAGAAGCGCAGGAUCUGGCAGAGCAUCGAGGUGGAAUCUCCUCUGCUCUCGCUCUCGCAGCGGGGGAGCGGGACGAGCCGCAGACUGACGGGAGAGCCGCAGUGUCCUGCAGCUCAGCUCCUGUGCCAGGACCCGCCGGGCUAUGAGCCCCCUCCGCCUCCGAGCCCAGGAGCCAUGCCCGUGCCCGAGAUGGCAGUAACCCCGGUCAAGUCCCUGUUCUGGGAGGUUUUCCCCCCGAUGUCCACGCGGAGGGUGUACUGCACCCCUGUCUUCCUGGACGGACUGGUGUACGUACUGGGGGGCUGCAGCGAGACGGGCCUGCCGCUGGACACCGCCGAGGCCCUGGACGUGGCUUCUCAGACAUGGACUCAGCUGCCCUCGCUGCCCACGGCCCGGGCAGGGGCAACCGCAGUGGCGCUGGGGAACCGGCUGCUUGUGGUCGGGGGCAUGGAUGCUCAGCAGAGCCCCCUUUCGUCCGUGGAGAUCUACAAUCCUGAUGAGGGCAAGUGGGAGAGGAAGGCCAGCCUGGGGCAGCCCUCAAUGGGCAUCACAUCUCUGGAGAAAGAUGGGAAGGUUUACGCCCUGGGAGGGAUGGGUGCGGACACGACCCCCCAGGCGUUGGUGCGGGUGUAUGAGCCAGCCAAAGACCAAUGGCAGCCUCUUCCCUCGAUGCCCACUCCACGCUAUGGCGCCGCCUCCUUCCUGCGUGGGAACAAGAUAUAUGUGCUGGGUGGACGCCAGGGCAAGCUGCCCGUCACCGCGUUCGAGGCCUUUGACCUGGAAGUGAAGAGCUGGACGCGCUUCCCCUGCAUCCCCAGCCGACGGGCCUUCGCCAGCUGUGCUCUGAGCGAGCGCUACUUCUACAGCCUGGGGGGCCUGCAGCAGCCGGGCCCCCACAACUUCUACUCGCGCCCGCACUUCGUCAGCACCAUGGAGGAGUACGACACCGAGCUGGGUGUGUGGAUCAAGCCCACUCGCGCCUCUCGUAUGAGGGAAAAGAGAGCGGACUUUGUGGCUGGCUGCCUUGGUGGAAGGGUCAUUGCUGCAGGCGGCCUAGGCAACCAGCCGUCGCCACUGGGCUCGGUGGAGAGCUACAACCCUGUGAGGAAGCGCUGGGAGUAUGUGGCCCCCCUGCCCAGCCCCCGCUGCUCCUGCGCUGGCCUGCAGACCCCUCACAUGCUCUUCCUCAUCGGAGGUGUGGCACAGGGCCCCAGCAAUGCUGUGGAAGCCCUCUGCCAGAGGGAGACUGUGUGAGGCACGCACACACAGAGACAGACAGAUAGGUGGACAGAGGAGCCAGGACGAGCAGAGCGAAUUAAACAGUGCUCCAUGUUCUGCCUUUCCCAGCUCCGCCCACAGCUAGUCUCAACCCACCAAAGACUAUCGAGGCAUCUGGAAUAAACAGAGGAGUUCUGAACAUUAAUUUGUCCUCCGUGUUUUAGGGGGAUUCAUCUGCAGAUACAAGAAUAAUGACAUGCCCGUUCAUGGGGGAAAAUAAGGUUAUUUUCAUGAUGGAUGAAACAGACAGGAAACACAAGCAAAAAAAUAAAAAAUACACUAAAGAAGCCUUUGAACUGUAUAGUCGUUUUCACAAUCACAGCAGGGUACUCUACUGAGAAAAGGAACUUAGGGCCAUAAUGCAAAGCCACUGCAGCACCUGCUUGCAGUAGCAUAUUUAGCACUUUUUUAUUUUCUAAAAAAACUAAAGAAAUACUUCUUUUUAUUUUUUAUCUCUAGAGAGAUGCAUGUGUGGGAAGAGCACUGUUCAUAAUAAGGAAUGAACAUUUGAAUGAAUACUCACCUGAUGUAGAAUGGCUUAGCGAGGACAGGAUAAAUAACACACACAGAGUAGCGCACAGAAUGAAGGCUAUAAUCAUGUGAUGUAAAAAAAACAAUACGAGGCAUGAUUCAAAACCUUUAUUUUACAGCUACAGUGGGUUUUAUACACGUAAACACACACUCCCAAUCACUUACAGAUUUGCGUACGUUACCUCAGUGUGAACACUCCCAAACAUUCGAAACUUUUGUGGAUGCAUAACCAGCCAGUGCUUACUAUGGUCACAGUAGUGCUCAAUGGAUGCUUACUGUCUUUGUUGAGAAUAAAAACAAAUUGAUCAGAUGGUGUAUAUUAGGGGGUGGAGUCAGCCUACUGUAGCCCAGGGCUGUGACCCUAUCACACCAUUGCUCUGCCUGACAGGUCCUCUACAAGGCAGACCACAUAGCCCACAGCUGAUUACCUUGAUGCCAUGGCAACGGGAUGAAAGCCUUAGCGGGAGUGGACAGAGCAGUAGAUCAAACAUAGCCUUACCCUCUCUCUUCUUCUCGGAUUGGAAAGCUUACCAUUUUGAACAUCAGUGCUUUAUUUACAAAGCGCUGAGUCGUGUUAACUGAGGACAGGGGAAGAGUUCUCAGUGGGAGGUGGAUGGUGCCCUUGUCCCAUCAUUGCUCGUCCUCUCUGGCUUUGGACCAAGUGUGCUGUGCUUAAUUUUGCAGUGGUGGCAUGGUGAGAUUAAUGGUGGAUGAGAGGUUAAUGAUACUGAGCUGCUAUACAUCUUCAUUGGACUGUGUGUUUUGAUUACACCUGGCCUGCCCUUCUCCCCAGUCCUUCCACACCCAGGGAGCUGGCAGUGCUGGAGGUGUUAGGGAAUUGUUCACACUUCUGUGGCCAGGCUGUAGGGGUCACUGUCAACAGGACCACAAAAGGCCUGCCUUCGUAAAAACUGAUUUAGAACAGAAGGUGUCUGUUUGCAAAUUUGUACUUUCCCCUCUGCUUGUCUCCUACAUUUCAAAGCAAGACAAACUAACUUUUACCAUUUAUUUAUUAAGGGGCAGCAGGGCAGUCUUCACUCAACUCCCUAAUCCUGAAUUUUUCAUAUUUUUGGUUGAUUGUGCGUGUGUCUGUGUGUGUUGGUUCAAUCAUCUUUCCAGUAUUUCAUCUGAAGCAAUCAACAAGCAGCCCCAUGCUUCGAUAAAUGGCUGACCCCUCAUGAGGUUAAUGGGGUGUUUGUUCCCUCCGUGCCCCUGUAUACUGAUUGUCACAGGUCUGACACUGCCAUCCGGUUUAUUAUCCGUUUUUGAUCAGCUGCCUUCCUGCUUUGGGGUGGGGAUUAUGUUGUUCCACAGCAGGCAUGGCAAGGUGUUGGGAAAGGUGUCUCUCUCCUAUGGCACCAUGCCCUGCUUUUUAAUGAGGACCUGUCAUGCUUCACCAGGCUGUCCACCAUGAGAUAUCUACAUAUUCAUAGCGCCAUGGUCUCAGGGGUUUGUAUCUCCCGGACAGGGAGAACAAGCAGUACGAAGGAGCUCAGCUGUCACUGGCCUGUAUCAUACUGCUGCAAUUAAAAUUAAUUGCUGCUGGUAUAGUCCUGCAUCUAACAGAUGCAGGCUAGCACUAGGAUCAAAGCCUUCUUCAGUUAUACACCACACUCCGCCCCUGCAAACACAUGCACCUUUUUAAAGCUACAUACAAUUUAGAGUAAGGAUAUCAUGAUUGCUGUCAGCUGAGUGAAUGAAUUAUUAAAAAACAUGUCAAAGGACACCAGCCAGAGGGAUUGGUUGACGGGACCUUGUUUAAACAAACAUUAGCUGCAUGAUUGGAGUUCCUGGAGGAGGAAAGAGAAAAUGGUAAAACAAUCAACUUAUAAAUAUGAACAUUUUCUUGUCGUGGCAAGGCUGUAUUAUUUUUCUAAGGUUUUCAAGGUUUUAUUUUAGUAGUUGCUGAGAUUGUUUCUGACAUCUUGGUGCAGCAUGGUGUGGUUGUCUACAGUCAUAAAUCAAUAAGCUUCUCAGCUGUGUGCCUGUGAGCUUUCACUUUAAGACUGCUUUUUGACACAUGCUGUAUGCUGAAGGCUUUUAUAAGCUCAGUGGUUUUGGCAAGUUUGAAAAACAAAACUAUUCCAAGUUUUUAUUUUAUUAUAGUGACACAUUUGCAUAAGGAUGGUUUGGUCUGACCACAGUUUCCCUCCUGUUGAAAUUACCCUGCCUGUUUUUCACUGCUCUGUCUUAUGCUUAUUUGUUUGCCUCAGUCUAAGGUCAAAUGUGUGGGAGAAGGAAGUUUUUUCGUGCAUAUAGUUCAGCUGUUAUGUAAUAUAGGUGACUAUAUUCAUUUCAGAGUAGGAGGGGUGGUUGAGGAAAAGAUAAAAUCGGUUCUGUCUGCCCCUGCAUGUGUUCAGAGAUUGACAGAGAACUUGUGACUGGGUGCUGUGCCACCCUCUCCUCUUAUUUAAAAUCUCUUUCCCUUGACUGCGUUACUGUGUCCAUCUCCCCAGGAAUACAUAUAUAUAUACAUGCCUAGUACCGAGCUUCUUCAGAAAACCACUCAUCAAAAGCCUCAUGCUUCCACCAUCCAAAUAUGUAAAACUUGACUGAAAGCACGGUGACUCAUUCUUUACCAUCAAUCUCACUGUCUUCUCAGUUUUGGGCAGUGAGGCAGAGGCAGUGAACUGAUCAAAAUUAUAGCAACAGCCAGAGAUAGUAAAAUGGCAGGCAUAUCUUUGGGGCUCCUCAGUGAAUUUUUAAAAUUUAUUUUAUUUUUAAAUUAGAGUCCUUAUGGAAAAAGAAUAGCACCCAUUGUAAAGAACUUUUCAGAGCUGGCAUUUAAAUCUGAAAUUUGUUCAUUGAUUUUUCUCACAGCUUUACCUUUGUUUACACCAUCUUGACUGUGAACGUGCACCUUAGUCUUAGUACCAGCAGAGCACCAUGGUCACAGUGAUGUAAGUACUGUAGCAAUUGUGUUCACGUUAUGUAUCAUUUCUUUCUGUUUUUGGUAUUAUCUCUCUCAAAGGUUGGCUCUACUGUGUUUGUGUAUACUUCUGGUUUGUUUGACGUUUUCUCAUAGUACAGUUUGUGUUCAGUAGGAUUGGCCAUUUUUUGUGAAAUGGAGGUUCAUGUAAUAUUGAUCUGUGUGUAACGUACAGCCAAGAUCAGGUCUGUCAUUUUUAUUAUCUAUGCUGUGCUGUAAUAUCUAAUCAGUGCGUAAUACAGAAGUUGUAGCUGAUUGUUCCUGAACGUCUCACGUAUGAUAUGUAUUGUACUCUGCACAGGAAAAUUUGAAACUGUGAAAAUGUGGAAUUUGUGGUGGUCUUCUACUCUAAGUGGGUUCACAUUUUCUGUGAAGCUGGGGGACAUUUUCAGUUAAUAAGUGAAGAUAGGCCAACUUAGGUUGUACAGACAGGGUUUGUUCUCAACCAACUGUGACUACCUGACAAUUUUGACAUAUCACAUAACAUUGCCGGAUGGGAAUCAGUGACCUACAAGUAGACAGUGCUUCCUGGCUCUGAUCUGUGAUCACUUAAUCUUAAUUCUAAUCUUAACCUCAUUCUGCAGGAAUCUUAAACUGACCAUAUGAUCAGUGGUAUUGGAGCACAGUCUAAACCAUAUGUACAGGUGUUUCUUUAUUCCAAUUACAAGCAGUGAACACAUUAUAAUUACCCACAAUACACCAUGGGUUACAUGUAUGCCAUAUUUAGCUGGAUUUUUGGGUAAAUGAAGGGGUGUCUUGCAAAUCUAUUUAAUAUACAGGCUAUUACAGAAUACAGUUUCACCAAGACAUGGCAACUGGAGCCAAAGACAGGAACACUACCCCCAUACUUUCCCCACUUGAGUGAAAACACACCUGCUGUUGUCACUUUACAGCAGAAAGUGUCUGGAAGCAAUGUGGCCUAGGAAAUUUCUACCCCCACAUUUACUGAUCCAGGGUUGUUUGCCUCUACUCUGAACCUCAGCCUUUUUGCAACAAUAGAGAAUACUGAUCCAUGAUCUGUGGAUGGAGGUAGAAACUGUCAGCAUCAACGGCAUGUCUUCGUUCCCACUGGACUCAUUGACAAUGAUGUGUCUGGGGUGUUGUCUGUGACCUUAGAAGGUAGUAGAACCACAGAGAGCUGUGCAGGGACACGCACUGGUUAACUGUUAAAGAGUUCUUUCCGUUAGAGAAGGAGAGAACCUAUGUAUGUUAAGGAGUGACAGUGAUGUCAGUACAGUAGCUCAGUGCCUAUAUUUGUGAGGUAGUGCCUCUUAUUAUAUAAUAAAAUAUUUUAUUGGCUGUUUCA